AUGGACAAAGUGCAAUUAGAGCUAAUGCAGAGCAAGACGGAAACCGUGCCGAAGGCUGGCUUCAUCAAAGGGCCGCUCUUCAAAGGGGUUGCUUCGAGCCGCUUUCUGCCCAAAGGCACCAAAACGAAGGUUAACCUCGAGGAGCAGGGAAGACAGAAGGUGUCCUUCAGCUUCAGCUUAACCAAGAAAACCUUGCCCAAUAGGUUUCUGACCGCUCUCGGAAACGAGAAGCAAAAUGACACGCCGCCCUCGCCGGCAGCCCCGCUUCAAGCUGACUUUAACCCCAAAAUCAGAAUGGACCUGGGGGACGCUCCUGGUGCUCCUGAAGAGUCUUCGCCUCCGAAGCCAAAGGUAGAGCUGGGGAAGAUCCAUUUCAAGAAGCAUUUGCUUAACGUCACGGCGAAACCGGUGGCCGCGCUGCCGCCACCGCCGGCCGUGGCGCCGGUGACGGAACCGGUGGCCGCGGAAUUCCCGUCAACGCCGCCGCCGCCGCCUGUGCCGACGGUGUCACCACCAGCAUCCGCGCCCGUUCCUGCCGCGACAGCCUUGUCCCCGCUGCCCGUGACGUUGUUGUCGACGCUGUUGCUGUCGCCGCCUGCGGAGGCCGAGGUCCCCGCUUCCAAGGAGCCGUGUCGCGCGGUCCCGAAGGAAGCUUCGGAUGUGGACGUUAGGCAGGACGCUGUGUUGCACAGUUCCGAGGAACAUUUAGCUCAAAACGCGCUCGUGCAGGCGGAAAUAACCCCCCCGAAGGAAGAUUCCCAUAUUGGGAGAGAGGAUGAAGUUUCGGACAGCUCCAAGGGUGCUUCCCUGUGCUCUAGGAAACAGGCUUCGAAGAGGAAGUUCUCCCAGUCCGACGGCCCCGUCCCCGGCUCUGAAUCCGACGAGGAUUCUGUGAGGACUUCCUCCAGCCAGCGGUCGCACGAGCCGAAGAUAUCGAGCACGGAAAAGGAGCGAGAUUCCAGAAGAAGCUCCACUUCUCUCAGGGGCGAAGAGCUGGGCAAGUCCUCCUCGCGAUCCAAGUCGGAGCGGGAUGAAAAAUACUCGGGUUACUCCAAAUCGGAGCGAGACUCGCGGUAUGGGUCGUCCCGCUCCAGGUCGGACAGGGAGAGGAGACGGAGCCGCUCGCGCUCGCGCUCCCGCUCCGAGCGGAGCUCCCGCACCAGCUCUUCCUAUUCGAGGUCGGAGCGCUCGCACUACUACGAAUCCGAGCGGCGCUACCAUCGGAGCUCGCCGUACAGGGAGAGGACGAGGUACUCGCGCUCGUACGCGGAGAGCCGGGCGCGGGAGAGCUCGGAUUCCGAGGAGGAGUACAGGAGGACGCAUUCCAGGGCGGGCGACGCGAGGCGCACGUCCUCCCACUCCUCCUCCUACCGCGACUCGAGGACGUCCUACUCCAAGUCGGACCGGGACGGCAAAACGGAGUCGUCCCACGAGGCGGAGAGGAGAGGGAAGUCUUCUUCCAAAGCAGACAGGGAUCCCAAAAGGACUUCGGAAAGCGAAGCCCCCAAAAGGUGCUCUCCCCUUAGCGACUUAGGCUACCGAAAGGGGACAUCCCAUUCUAAACCUGACAGUAAUGUGAAUUCCUCCCGCUAUAAGUCCACCCCUUCAAAGACCCCAGCGCCAAAGCCUGAAAAAUUGAAAAGCUCUUUCUGUUGUGCAGAAUCGAAUGAAGAACUAAAGCAGCAGUCUAAUUCUCUAGAUUUAGAGGCCUCUUGCCUACGGAGCGGCGAGGCGAGACCGGCCCUUGCAAAAAAGUUGGAAAGGGAAAAGACACUUUCUCCGGUGAGGCAAUUAAACGAGUCGCCCGCUUUUAGAAAGGCAGAUGAGCCAAAAGAUGGGUUUUCUAACGCCAAAUCUGGCGACCUCAUAGGAAACGAAUGCCAUGCCAGUGUUAAGGAACAGGAGACGCUGAUAAAGCAGGACCCGUUAAGAACUUACUUGCCCGUGGACCUCGAUAUAAACGGGUCCCCUGAAGGUAGGUGUGAGGACUCGGCGACGUGCGGCGCCUCCAAAGCGGAGGCCGCUGCGGCCUCUUCCGAGCCGUGCCGGUGGGAAGCGGCCGCCGCGGGGAACAGCGGGGCUUUGUGUGCGUUGCCCUCCAACGGCUCCGAGAGCCCGGCUGCAGCCGGGGAGCAGGAGCGGGGCCGGUCCCACGUGGAGUCCAGCGAGUGCAGCAGCCUCUGGAAAGCGGCGGAGGCUCCCGGCGCGGAGCAGAGAGGGGAGGCCGCGCCGUUGCCCCUCGGGAAUGGGGAUCGAUGCCCAGCUUGGCUUAGGAAGCCGGAUGAGGAGGCGCCUCCGCGCGACGCAACCAAAGAAGCCGUUUUUUGCUACGUUUCGGAGGCUGCCGCCCCUCCCUUGUGUCACUCGGAGGUCGAAAUUGAAGUGGAGGCGGCGGAUGUCAGAGUCACCUCGGAGGCUUUUCUGGACGUUCCCGUGGAGCCGCAAACGGUGACGUGCGGUUACGAGAGCACGGAGGAGCAGAAUUCCAAGGCAGCCUGCGGAGACGAGCGGGAUGCUGUGGAUCCUUCCCAUCGCCUUAGCUUGGCAGUGGAUAGCUCAAGCAGAGAUUCCUCCCAGGACGGGUGUUCCCUGAGGGUGAAAUCGGACAAUCCCGGCGUUCCGCAGCAGCCGGACGAAGGGGUCGCUUCCAAGUGGGAUCGGGCCCCGCCGGAUCAAGGCGAGAAGCUGCUGCAGCUUUCCGAAGGCGAAGAGGUGCAGGAGUUGGGUAGCCAGCACGUUGAGUUUCAUUCGGCGAGAGCAAAGCCCUCAUUCCAAGAUGAGCACUCGUAUUAUUCCGAAGUGCCCCUGGAACACCGGAGCAGGCAGAGAGCAGCAGCAGAAGGUGCCGUUUCUACCGGAGGAGCGGGCUCGGAUGAGCAGCGUCUCGGCAUAUUCCUGGAGAGGGACGAAGGGAAUGAGUCCGUGGUGGCCUCGGCUUUUUCGGGAGCUUUGUAUCCGUCUUGCGACCUCGUGGUCACGGCGGAAGAAACGGUCGCUCAAGCGGCGACGUGCGACAGCAGCGGCAACGCUUCCGAGGGCGUCUCCGCCGGCCACGACGGCUGUUCGGACACGGCCGAGAGCGAGAGCGAGGCCGGCAGCGAGGAGAGCGAUUCGGAAGACUCGGAUUCUGAUGACGCCGUGCCACGGAAACGGCUCCAGUCCAUCGUGGUGGUGCCCAAAAACUCCACCAUAGCCACGGAGGAGAGCAGCCCCUGCUCGUCUCGGGGCGGCCAGGGGCUUAGGCGCUACUCGGACCACUGGGACGACGAGCGGCCCGAGUCCAGCCGGCCGUACUACGAGGAGAGGUCGGAGAACGCGGCGAGUAAGAACGGGCCGCAAGCGGAGAGCAGAUGUUCUCCUCGCGGGACGGACAAGAGCCCCGCGACAUCCACGGAGCUGAGCAGGAAGGAAGCGGAGGAGCUGCGCGUGGACGCGUCCCAGCCGCAGAGCGACGGUGUCGACAGCACCAGCCAGGCAGACCUGGCGGCGGAUUCCAACGGAAAAGGCGACGCGGAGCAGAGGAUGAUCCUAAAGGAGCUGGUGGGCCGGCAGGAAGAGCAGACCUUUUGUCUGCCCGAGAGCUUCGAAGGUCCCGACAAACCUCAGACCCAAACGAGUUCUUCCAAACCGGACAGUAGGCAAGGGAAGGGGGGGCUUAAUCAGUUGGGAACCGGAGACUUCUCCAGGGUGGACGGUUUUCAUGCGGCGGAGGAUUUGGGUGGUUUCGGCUGGGACUUUUCCCAGCCGGAGAAGCCCAGUAGCACCUACCAGCAGCCCGACAGCAGCUUGGGGGUCUACCCGGGUUACGUUCUCCAGCCCGGGGCGGGAGCCUACGGCGCCUCGCAGAGCUACUGGCAGGGCAAUGGAUAUUGGGAUGCCAGAUCCGCGAGCCGGCCUUCUGGGAUGAGCUAUGAGCGAGCUCAAGGGCAAGUCCCGGAUUCCUUGACGGAGGAUCACGAGGAGGACGAGGACGACCGCUGGGAUGACGACUGCAAGGCUCGUUUCCCCAGCCCGUCGGGCACAUUCCAUGGCCCCGCGGAGCGGGAACAAGGUUCCGUGCAGGCACAUGAGAUCAGCAGUAAUUCCACCAAGGAGGCCGGCGCCGUCGGUGAGAAGAAGGAGGAGGUGAAGGCCUUGGAGAAGAACGACCUGAAGGAACGAGGGCCACCCAAAAAGAGGCGCCAGGAGGUGGAGAGCGACUCCGAGAGCGAUGGAGAGGCACGGGAGAGGAAGAAGGUAAAAUCAGAGGGGGAGCAAGUGGAUUCUUCGCCGCAGGACUCCUCCAUGGUUGGCCGGUUGUGUAUCAUGGAAGACUUCAGAGACCCGCAGCGCUGGAAGGAGUUUGCCAAGCAAGGGAAAAUGCCCUGCUACUUCGACCUGAUUGAGGAAAACGUGUACUUGACAGAAAG